GUGGGGGCGGUGCGCGCUCAGUGCGGCUGCGCCGGCCGGUAGCUGCAGCUGGAGCGGUGGCGUUUGGAGGAGACGCGAAACUGGAUGGCUUCUACAGGGAGCCAGGCCUCGGAUAUAGACAAGAUUUUGGGAUUCUUCAGUGAUGGCUCACCCCCCACCAAAAAGCCCAGGAAGCUGCUCCCAAGCCUGAAAACUAAGAAGCCGCGGGAGCUAGUGCUGGUGAUUGGAACAGGCAUCAGUGCUGCGGUGGCGCCCCAGGUCCCAGCCCUGAAAUCCUGGAAGGGGUUGAUCCAGGCCUUGCUGGACGCUGCCAUUGAUUUUGAUCUUCUGGAAGAUGAAGAGAGCAAAAAGUUUCAGAAAUGUCUCCAUGAAGACAAGAACCUUGUGCAUGUUGCCCAUGACCUUAUCCAGAAACUCUCUCCACGUACUAGUAACGUUCGAUCCACAUUUUUCAAGGACUGUUUAUAUGAAGUAUUUGAUGACUUGGAGUCAAAGAUGGAAGAUUCUGGAAAACAGCUACUUCAGUCAGUUCUCCACCUGAUGGAAAAUGGAGCCCUGGUAUUAACUACAAAUUUUGACAAUCUCCUGGAACUGUACGCAGCAGAUCAGGGCAAACAACUAGAAUCCCUUGACCUUACUGAUGAGAAGAAGGUCCUAGAGUGGGCUCAGGAGAAGCGGAAGCUGAGCGUCUUACACAUCCAUGGGGUCUACACCAACCCCAGUGGCAUUGUCCUUCAUCCAGCUGGGUAUCAGAACGUGCUCAGGAACACUGAAGUCAUGAGGGAGAUUCAGAAACUCUAUGAAAACAAGUCGUUUCUUUUCCUGGGUUGUGGCUGGACUGUGGAUGACACCACUUUCCAAGCCCUUUUUCUGGAGGCUGUCAAGCAUAAAUCUGACUUAGAACAUUUCAUGCUGGUUCGGAGAGGAGAUGUGGAUGAGUUCAAGAAGCUUCGAGAAAACAUGCUGGACAAAGGGAUUAAGGUCAUCUCCUAUGGAAAUGAAUACGCCGACCUUCCGGAGUACUUCAAGCGGCUGACGUGUGAGAUCUCCACGCGGGGAGGAUCAGCAGGGGUGGUGAGAGAAGGUCAGCUGAACGGCUCCUCUGCAGCACACAGUGAAGUGAGAGACCAUAGUACAUGAGGGCUAGAGGACUCGCCACCGUGGACAGUGUUUAACAAGCAAACGUACGAGAACCCACAGCAGCUCCCAGGAAGCACCGCAGCCCCGAGGUGGAAGGCCGGGGCCAGGGUGGUGGCGGGGGGAGUACCCGCCUAACCCUCGUGCCGGCUGGUUCUUGGCAUUCCCUUUCAAGCAUAUUCAGUGACCCAGUGCAGCCCCGCCCCACCCCCGGCUGGCACCGUGUCCACACAGCAGGUCACAGGACCCCUCCGCUGACUGUGGCUGUGGCGCUGCGUGAAGGAUUUGGGAUCUGGACGCCACGGACUGGCCGUGGCCCUGGCUGCAGUUUUGUACUCUCGACUUGGUUUUUCAAUUAAGCUUAAUGGCUUUUUUAAAACAUGACUUGAAGCUCUAGUUUUCUAGACCUUUUACAGUGUACAGUAUUUUACAUAAUUGAGCUGUAUUAAAAGCUUGUUCGUUUA